CGGUAAUAUCAGCGACAACAGAGAAGCUGCGCUAACAAAAGCGGACUGUUUCCCUGCACUGUUUGAGGUCUUUUCCACCAUACCUGAUGUUCAGUGAAGCCAUGAAUGAAGUUGAGGAGAAACAUCAGUGUCAGAAACCUCAGAAUCUUGUAAAGCUUGAAAUGUCUUCUAGUAGUUUGCAGAAGAACAAGAUUUUCUCUCCAAAUAGGAAACAAAUAACUGAAGCAGGCGAGCCUUUCACCUGCUCUCACUGUGGAAAGAGUUUCAAACAGAAAUGUCAUCUUCAGAGACACAUGAGAAUUCACACUGGAGAGCAACCAUACACAUGUCCUCAGUGUGGAAAGAGUUUCAAACGCAAAUCAAAUCUUGAGGAUCACAUGAAAAUUCACAGUGAAGAGCGUCCAUACACAUGUACUCAGUGUGGAAAGAGUUUUAAACAGAAAUCAAAUCUUGAGGUGCACAUGAGAAUUCACACUGAAGAGCGUCCAUACACAUGUCCUCAGUGUGGAAAGAGUUUCAGACACAAAUCAACGCUUGAGAGGCACAUUAGAAUUCACACUGGAGAGCAACCAUACACAUGUACUCAGUGUGGAAAGAGUUUCAGACAGAAAUCAAAUCUUGAUGAUCACGUGAGAGGUCACACUGGAGCGCGCAGAUACACAUGUACUCAGUGUGGAAGGAAGAGUUUCAGACUGAAAUCAGAUUUUGAGGUCCACAUGAGAAUUCACACUGGGGAGCGUCCAUGAACAUGUCUUCAGUGUGGAAAGAGUUUUCAGCAUAAAUUUUAGAUUUGCUGUUAAUUUACUCAUCAAGAUGUUUUUUGCUGUAACCUGUGGUAUCACGACCAUUAAAAAUGUGUACAAUUAAAAAGACAUAAAUGAGGUUAUUGUUUUAAAUUAAAUUCACAAUAAUGUCUCUAA